AUGAGCACUACACCUACCAGCGAGAGACCUCGUCGUCUUUCCAUGCCUAAAUUAACACGUCGCUUGACAAAUGUUACUAUUCAUGUGGAUGAUGAUAAGGAUAAUCUAGAGCCCGUCACUACGUCAAGUGUGCCUUCUAGCAAGUCCAAGCACAUUGCAUUGGAUCCUGAGCAUUUGAAGGAGUGGAAGCAUGAAAUGACGCCCAAGAAGAACGACAAGGCUUCCAUCAAAAAGGACAUUGUGCAGCAUUCAGUAGAGACCCUCUGCCGCAACCCUUACAACUUGGACAAGCUCGCUGUCUAUCAAGCAACUGCCUAUUCCGUGCGUGAUCGUCUCCUGGAGGAUUGGAACAUGACGCAAGAAGCCAUUCACAAGGAAAACCCAAAGCGCUGCUACUAUCUCUCCAUGGAGUUCUUGAUCGGUCGUGCUUUGGAUAAUGCUCUUCACUGUCUUGAGGUCAAGGAUGUCUAUAAAGAGAGUGUCAAGGAUCUAGGCUUCAAUUUGGAAGAUUUGCUGCAACAGGAGCGUGAUGCUGCUUUGGGUAACGGUGGUCUGGGCCGUCUUGCUGCCUGUUACAUGGAUGCUGCUGCUACUCUGGAUUAUCCUACGUGGGGCUAUGGUCUGCGCUAUCAAUACGGUAUCUUUAAGCAGCUAAUCAACAGUGAUGGCUAUCAAAUCGAAAUGCCUGAUUACUGGCUUGAUUCCAAUGGUAAUCCUUGGGAGUUCCCUAGAAACGAUGUGCGUUACGAAGUCCAGUUUUACGGUUAUGUUGCAACCAAGGUAAAUGAAAAGGGUGAAUCGCGCAUGUCAUGGGAAGGCGGUGAUAGAGUGCAAGCGAUGGCGUAUGAUGUGCCUAUUCCUGGUUUCGAUACCAAGGGGUGUGGCAAUAUCCGUCUUUGGGCUUCCAAGUCUCUCAAGACCUUUGAUUUUGCCUCCUUCAACGAUGGUGAUUACGACCGCUCUGUGGCUGACCAAAAGAACGCUGAAAACUUGACAUCUGUGCUCUACCCUAAUGAUAACCACUUGGUCGGUAAGGAGCUGCGUCUCAAGCAAGAAUACUUCUUUGUCAGUGCCUCUCUUCAAGACAUUAUCCACCGCUUCAAGCGAUCCAACUGUGCUUGGAAGGAUUUCCCUGAUAAGGUCGCAGUCCAACUGAAUGAUACGCAUCCCACUUUGGCUAUCCCUGAGCUGCAACGUAUCUUGGUCGAUAUUGAGGGCCUUGACUGGGACGCCGCCUGGGACAUUGUUACCCGUGUCUUUGCAUUCACAAACCACACUGUCUUACCCGAAGCCUUGGAGUGCUGGUCCGUGCCCAUGAUGGAGCAUAUCCUGCCUCGCCAUAUGCAAAUUGUGUACGACAUCAAUCUUUUCUUUUUGCAAAAGGUCGAGAAGAUGAACAGUGAUCGUGGCCUGUUGAACCGUGUCUCCAUCAUUGAGGAAAGCAACCCUCAACAAGUGCGUAUGGCUUAUCUCGCUGUCGUUGGUUCUCACACUGUCAACGGUGUUGCUGCUCUCCACUCUGAUUUGGUCAAGACCGAAUUGUUCAAGGACUUUGUUAGCUACUAUGGCCCUGAAAAGUUCAUCAAUAUCACCAACGGUAUCACUCCUCGUCGUUGGCUUUACCAAGCUAAUCCUGAUUUGCGUGAUUUGAUUACUGAAACUCUGGGUGGUAAUCACUGGGUAACUCAUUUGGAUGAUUUGAAGGGGCUCACCAAGUAUGCGGACGAUGUUGAUUUCCAAGCCAAGUGGAUGAACAUCAAGCUCAAGAACAAGGUGCGUUUGGCCAGCUGGAUCAAGGCCAAUUUGGACAUUACUGUGGAUCCUCGCUCUCUUUUCGAUAUUCAGGUCAAGCGUAUUCACGAAUACAAGCGUCAAUUCAUGAACAUUCUCGGUGUCAUUUAUCGUUACAAGAACCUCCAAUUGUUGUCUGCUGAGGAACGUAAGGAUGUCACUCCUCGUGUGGUCAUUUUUGGUGGCAAGUCUGCCCCUGGCUACUACGUUGCCAAAAUGGUUAUCAAGCUGAUCAAUACCGUCGCCCAAGUAGUCAACAACGAUGAUUCCAUUGAUGGUCUCUUGAAGGUGGUUUACAUUCCCGAUUACAAUGUCUCUCUUGCUGAAAUUAUCGUGCCUGCAUCUGAUAUCUCUCAGCACAUCUCUACUGCUGGUACAGAGGCUGCUGGUACUUCCAACAUGAAGUUUGUCUUGAACGGUGGUUUGAUCUUGGGUACAGUGGAUGGUGCUAAUAUCGAGAUCCGUGAUGAAAUUGGUGAAGAGAACAUCUUUAUGUUUGGUACUCUGGCUGACAAGGUAGCUGAUAUCCGCCAUCAACAAAAGUACCAUGGUGUUGAAAUCGAUCCCAACCUUCAAGUCGUGCUUCAAUCCAUUCAAUCAGGUGAAUUUGGUGGUCCUGAAACUGCUUCUGUCUUUGGUCCUCUCAUCAAUACCUUGACCUAUGGUGGUGAUUAUUAUCUGAUUUCUGCUGAUUUUGAGAAAUAUUUGGAUGCUCAGGAUAAGGUGGAUGAAACUUACAAGGACACUGCUGCUUGGGCCAAAAAGUCAAUUUUGUGUACUGCUGGUAUGGGCUUCUUCUCUUCUGAUCGUGCUACUCGUGAAUAUGCUGAUAAGAUUUGGAAUAUCAAGCCUGUCCACAUUAAAGAAUCUGCUGUCUAA